UUCCCAUCACUAUAACCUGACAGCCGGCCGAGCACCGUCACCACAAGGUGAGGCUGAGGAGCUGUCAGGCGGGGCCAGGAGUGAAGAUGACGGGACAGAAAGAGGUGGAUAUACCCGAAACAGGAGCCGUCUUCACAUUUGGAAGGAGCUGCUUUGCUGAUAAUGUGCCUGGUAAAUUCUGGUUGAAGAAUGAUCAGCCAGUGCAGGUUUCCUGUGGAGGAGAGCACACUGCUGUCAUCACAGAAAAUGGCAGGCUGCUCAUGUUUGGCGUUAAUGCUUGGGGUCAACUGGGACAUGGCUUUAAGCCUGCUGUCUGCAAACCUGCCUCUGUGAAAGCCUUAAAGUCUGAGAAGGUGAAGCUUGUGGCUUGUGGAAAAGAUCACACAAUUGUCUGCACAUGGCGGGGGAGUGUGUACGGCGCCGGCAGUAACCAGGUAGGGCAGCUCGGUUUGGGCCACUGCAACAACACGACGUCCUUUCACCUGCUGCGUCCUUUCUGUGACCACGCACCAAUCAAAACUCUUUCUGCAGGAUGCAACACCUCAGCUGCCUUAACGGAGGACGGGAGGCUGUUCAUGUGGGGAGACAACUCGGUGGGUCAGAUUGGUUUGGGCUACGAGGAGAUUGCAGCAGAACCCACAGAGGUGAAUGUCGGGGAAGCAGUGAUGUGGGUCUCCUGUGGGUACCACCACUCAGCAUUCGUCACAGUGGACGGAGAUCUCUACACGUUCGGUGAGAGUGCAAAUGGAAGGCUCGGUCUCCAGGUGGAGCAGCUGGCCAAUCACAGGGUCCCUCAGCGGGUGGAGGAGAUUCUGGGUCGUGUCACUCAGGUGUCCUGUGGAGGGGAGCACACGGUGGCACUCACAGAGGACAGCGUGUACACGUUCGGCAGGGGUCAGCACGGUCAGCUGGGCCACGGUACAUUUCUGUUUGAAGUCGAUUUGCCAAAACCACUGGAGCUCCCCUGUAACCGUGACAUCAAGCAUAUCGCCUGUGGAGCGAGCCACACCGCUGUGAUCACAAACAGCGGGCUCCUCUACACAUUUGGUGACGGUCGUCAUGGAAAACUUGGCUUAGGAGAGGAGAACUUCAUCAACCAGUUCAGCCCGACACUCUGCACGCGUUUUCUCAAGUACAGUGUUCAACUAGUGUCCUGCGGUGGUAACCACAUGGUGUUACUGGCUGUGCCCAGACCACCAGAGAACCUCGAGGUGUUUCCAGAGACGGAUGUCACAAUCACAGAGACUUAUUUCGAGUCAAGUCGCACAGAAAUUCUCCUGCUGGACACUUCGAUUGAUCCCAAUCUACUCGUCCCACUGUCGGCCCUCUCUGCUCGAGCCCGCCACAGAGAAAAAGGGACCUCUGUGGAGCUGUUUGGGGAGACGUUUCAGAACCUCCCACGUCUAAAUUCUGGCUUCCUCAACACCUCCUUACAAACAUCCAGGAAUAUCCAAACCCCUAAAACACCUUCAAAGGACAUUAGUACACCUUCAUCGACCCCCAAAUCACAAUCAGAAGCAACCCCGAGCCCACCACUCUCGCCGAGACCUCCGUCCAAAUCCCCUCAGAUUCUAGUGUUAUCCUCCAAGCCUUCGAGCCGACGUUCCCGAUCAUCAAACACCUUUCAGAAUGAAUCCAAAUCCAAAGAGUUGCCUUCACCCUUACUGUCACCAAAGUCUGUAACUACACGUAACCCUUACAUCCCAGUAUCUCCUAAAAAGACUGCAAAGAAACAAACCUAUAGAGUGGCAAAAAAGGCCUUAAUUGAAAAACUCUCAGCUCCUCUGCCACCUAAAGAGCCCUGUAGCCCCGACAGACCGCCCAGUCAUAUUUCCAAUAAACAUCCCAGUGAGGACGAGCAUCCUGCUUCACCACAAACAGAGGGAGAAACCUUUCCAAGACAGAUUGUCAUAGAAGAUGUGGAGGAGGAUGUCUCUGAGAGAGAAGACGACUCUGGCUUUUUGCCAAACACGGAGAAGAAGAAGGGCCGAGCUCUCAGAAGAACUACAGAAGAGGCAGAGGCGUUUGCCGGACCGCUCCGGUCCAUUGGGAAGGCCUUACCCACAGAGCUCCUCAAAGGAUCUUUGAAGGAAGAAGCGUCUCAACUGAAGAGCGCAAAAAGUUUUAAAAACCCUAAAGUCACAUCCAAGGGCAAAGAGAACACUACCGAGCAGUCCUCUAAGAUCAAACGCCAAGAAGACGAACAAGCUCGAAAGGAAUCCUCCUUUAUUAAAUCACCAAAACGUGAGAAGAGCAAACAAUCAGAGUCGAUGCCAAAGACUCCUCAAUCUGUCCGGAAGACACAGAGACUGACUGAAGUGAAGGAAAAUGCCAGGAGAAGUGGAAAUCUGAAAAAAGGUGAUAUAAACCAAGAGGACAUGAAAGCCGGCACCUUAAAGAAAACAAUGAGAGAGACAGAUAAACCAUCAGCUCUGGAAGAAGAUACAGAAACCACUGACGUCAAACCCGUCGGGGUGAAGACAAAGCGAGUCAAAUCCACUCCAACACAAGAUUUGCACAAGCUUAAAUAUGCACAGAGAAAAGGUCAAAGUAAAGCACUGGGUGUAAAAUCACCACCGGUGAAAAAACCAACACCUGCCCCGACGCCUGAUAUUAAGAAAGCCUUAAGCGUGAAAGGUGCGAAAGAUAAAGGGAAGCAGCAAAAGGUAAAAUCCACACCGGUUCAAAAUCAAAGUAAACGGGCAGAAAACAGUAAAAGCAAAGCAGAAGUUGUGGAAAAUGAGUCAAACUUUGCAAAGAACGCAGCUCAAAAAGUGAAAGGUAGAAGUGCAGAUAAGCAGAAGAUGCCUAAUGUCGACAGCUCUGACAAGAAGAAGUCAAAAGAACCUAAACCGAAGGCAGAAACGAGGCCAGAGGGAGGAGAAGGAGUGGAAGUCAGAGUUAAAGCUGAUGGAGACUCUAAAGAAAUGAAGGCCAAGCCGAGGAGCAAGCAGGCUGAAGCUUCCAGCCCGCUGUUAUCACAGCAGGACACACCUAUUGAAGUGUUAUAUAACCCCAUUUCCUCACAAAGUCCCAAGAGAACAGAGGUGGUUUCUGUCAGCGGUGCCAAAUCACUGCAAGAGUCUGAAUCUGAGGGCCCGACUGAGAAAAAAUCAAACCUCGGGGAAGUUUUCAGCACGGCAGCCUCUCUUCUUCCUGCUGUCGGGUUAGCAGGGGCAGCUAUGGCGGUCCUUAGUGAACCAGUGAUGAGCUUUGGGGGUUUCCAGUCUGACAGUGACACCGUUACCUCGACUCCAAAUAAAACCAGUCAAGUGAAGCAGUUCACAAAGCAGAGCGCAAUUAUGCAGCCUUCCUUUUCCUCGACGCUGUCACAUUUUUCUUCAACGGAAGCUUCGAAUCCACCAGAGGGGAGAGAAGAUGUGGAGCCCAGCGUCCCAUCAGAGUCAGGGAAAGCAGAGGAAGAGAGCAAAGAUACCGCCGAUGAUGGGUCACAGGUGAAAAGUGACAUGUCCGAGCAGAUUGGGAGCGAAAACAUCUCACAGACAGAGAUGAAGAACAGUGACUCACACCCAGAAACUUCUCAGCAAGAAGAUGCUGGAGAAGACGAGAAAACCGACAAGCCAUCUGAAGAGGACGAGGAUAACGAGGGAGAUGAAACAGACGCCGAGGAUGAAGAGGGAGCGAGUGGAAGCAAUGUGGGAGAAGAAGAAGAGGAGGAGAAGGGAAGUGAAAGUAGUGAUGACAUAGAAGAGGAAAAAGAGAGUGUUUCUGCAGAGGAUGAGGAAGAGGGUGAGGAAGAAACAGGCGCCUCCAGCAGCGAGGAGGAAGAUGAGGGAAGCGAGAAGAGUGACGUUACAGAGGCUGAAGAGGAGGAAGGAGAGAGCAGCGAGGAAACAGCUGAAGGAGGGAGUGACUCAGAGGUACGAGACACUGCAGAGGAAGAGGAGAGUGAAAGUGAAGAGUCCAGUGAAGAAGAAAGUGAGGAUGAAGAUGACAGUGAUGAAGAAUCAGGGAGUACAGGCAGCAAGAGCAAAGAGGAGGAAGAAGAGGAGGAGGAGGAAGAGGAGAAAACCGAGAGCAGUGACACUAUAGAGUCUGAUUCUGAAGAAAAUGAGGUCGACGCAGAGGAAGAAGGUGAAGAAGAGUCCACUGAGAGUGAGGAUGAGGAGAGAGACUCUGAAGAAGAUGAAGAAUCGGAUGAGAGUGACGAACAGGACGAAGCAAGUGUUGAUGAGGAAGAAGAGGCCGACGAAGAAGAGGAAGAUAAAGACGAAGAGAGCGAUAAAGACAAUGAGGGGGAGGAAGAAGAGGGUGAGGAAGAAUCAUCUAGAGAUGAGGAGGAAGCUGAGGACGACACUGCAGAGGAGGAAGAGAGCAAGGAGGAGGAGGAGGAGGCCGACGAAGAGGAGGAAGAUAAAGAUGAAGAGAGCGAUAAAGAAAAUGAGGAGGAGGAAGAAGAGGGUGAGGAAGAAUCAUCUAGAGAUGAGGAGGAAGCUGAGGACGACACUGCAGAGGAGGAAGAAGAGAGCAAGGAGGAGGAAGAAGAAAGUAAGGAGGAUGAGGAGGAAGAAGGGAGUAGGGAGGAGGAAGAAGAGAGUAAGGAGGAUGAGGAGGAAGAAGGAAGUAAGGAUGAUGAGGAGGAAGAAGGGAGUAGGGAGGAGGAAGAAGAGAGUAAGGAGGAAGCUGAGAAUGGAGAAGAGGGUGAGGAGGAGGAAGGAGAAGAUGAAGAGAGUAAAGGUGAGGAGGAGGAGAAGGAGGAAAGAAUAGAGAGAAAAUAUCAAAAUAUUGACACUCGUAAAAAGGUGAUGGUAGAGAGCGAUGAGGAGGAGGAGGAGGAGGAGGAGGAGGAAGGUGAAGAAGAAGAAGAAGAGGGAGAUGAGGAAGAAGAGCAUAAACAAACUGUGGGAAAGAAAAGUAACAAUUCUGAGGCAGGUGAGGGUGAAGAGGGCGAGGAAGAGGCUAAUGAAGAAGAGGAAGAGGAGGAGAGUGAGGAAAAAGGAAUUGUCAAACAUAGUGCAGAGCAAACCGAAGAGGAAGAUGAGAAAGAGGAGGAGGAGGAGGAAGAAGGAGAUGAAGAGGAAGAAGAGGAGGAGGAGGAAAGGGUAAAACCAACAAAAACAAAACAAAGGGACACACAGAAGUUUCCUCCUGAAGUUUCUCCCUCAGGCAGAAAAGACAAACAACAGAAAGAAACACCGAAACCGGCGCCGAGGACGAAGGCGAGGGCUGCGGGGGAGAAGAACCCGGACGACUCUCAGCAGUUCUGGAACGACGUCCUGCCACAGUACCUCGACCUGCAAUGAAGCCGUCACAUAGUGUGAAACUGAAAGGACACAGAGUCAGCACCAACAGUAAUCAGCUGCCAAACUGUCAUGCAGUAAGACUGUGAGUCACACUCAACCUCAAGUGUCAGCUAGAAAACCAAAUCCCAUUAAAAGACCAAAACCAGCAGUGCAUCAGUCUGUCGCAGUAUUUUACAACUUCCCGACCCUGAAUGUGUCUCUCAGCACCGAGCACAUUUAUUCUGAACUCAUUAACUUUUUUAAAACGUGUCAUUUGUUUUAUAAAAGACUCACAAAACUUGACUCGAGCCAUAAAGUUUGAAUUUGUUGGGGACUAUUUUUAGUCAUGGAUUAAUACACGUCUGGUGUGGAGUGUUGUAUGUCGGACUGUAUUAAAAAUGAACUGCAGUUUCUUUCUGUUAAGUUUUAUUAGGUAGAUUCAGCUAACAGCACAGUGCAUCAGACAUUUGAUAAG